UUUCCUGCCAUGUUUGUCUAGUUAGCAUAUAUCAUCCUCUGUUCAAUCAAAUUACCUCCCACCAAUCCGCCGUGAAUGGAUCCUACGACCACCGCCGCUGUGUCAGACCACCGGAGCCGCCGGGUACACGUCCUGGUAUUCCCAUACCCAGCUCAAGGCCACAUGUUACCUCUCUUAGAUUUGACUCACCAACUCGCUCUCCGUAACGUCGCCAUUACCGUACUCGUCACCCCCAAAAAUCUCCCUAUCUUGUCCCCUCUUCUCUCUCGCCACCCCUCCAUCAACACCCUCGUCCUGCAUUUUCCGGCCAGCCCUGCCAUCCCCGCCGGCGUCGAGAACGCCAAGGAUCUCCCUGCUAGUGGCUUCCGGGUCUUGAUGGUCGCUCUCGGCGGGCUGCAAGGCCAAAUCGUGGAUUGGUUCCGCCGCCACCCGUCGCCGCCGACGGCUAUUGUUUCCGAUAUAUUUGUGGGGUUCACCCACCGUCUUGCGGCGGAGGUCGGCGUUCCUCGCUACACUUUCUCCCCGUCCGGCGCGGCGGCUAUGUCGGUUAUUUUCACCCUGUGGCGGGAGAUGCCGAAACGCGAGAAUCCCAAUGAUCAAAAUGAGAUUUUUCGUUUUCCCGAGGUUCCUAAUUCGCCGGAGUUUCCGUGGUGGCAGAUUUCUCCGGUGUACCGGAGCUACGUGGAGGGGGACCCGAGUUCCGAGUUUAUUAGACAGAUGUACUUUGACAACACAGUGAGUUAUGGGCUGUUGUUUAACUCGUUCAGCGCGGCGGAAGGGGUGUAUUUGGACUAUAUGAGGAAGUAUUUGGGAAACGAACGGAUCUGGUCGGUCGGCCCACUGCUCCCGCCGGACGUCCCGGCGGAGCGCGGCGGAUCCGGCGCCGUUUCCGCUUCCGACAUACUGAGUUGGCUCGACUCGGCCGAGUCCAACUCGGUGGUGUACGUCUGCUUCGGCAGCCAGGCCGUCUUAACCGACCCGCAAAUGGAGGCCUUAGCGGCGGGGCUGGAAAAAAGCGGAGUCAACUUUCUUUGGUCAACGAAGGGCCCCACCAAGGGCCACGUGGACGGCGAAGGGUACGGAACAAUCCCGCCCGGGUUCCAACAACGUGUGGGCCCGAGAGGACUAGUCAUCCAAGGCUGGGUCCCACAAAUGCUAAUCCUAAAUCAUCCAGCCGUAGCCGCGUUCUUGACUCAUUGCGGAUGGAAUUCAACUCUCGAGGGCUUAAUGGCGGGUGUGCCGUUGCUGGCGUGGCCGAUGGGAGCCGAUCAAUACGCUAACGCUAACCUCCUUGUAGACGAGCAUAAAGUUGCGGUGAGAGCGAGUCAGGGCGAGAAGGCCGUCCCCGACUCGGACGAGUUGGCUGGGUUACUCAGCAAAGCCGUGAAGGAGAAAGGAGCGGAGGUGAGGGCUAAUGCACUGCGGCUGAGAACGGCGGCGAUGGAUGCUAUCAAGGACGGCGGAGAUUCCUUCAACAACCUCGACAACUUCGUGAAACAUUUGUACGAGGAUGCUUCGGAAAUUCCUAAGGUAUCUUCGAACUCUCCGAUGUUAUCCGCUCCGGUUCCGGCAUUUGGUGCUUAGUAUAAAGACGAGUGAAUUCACCAUCACUGUAUUAAGGAUUAAGGUUUCAUGUCUUAUGUUUCUUAAUUUGUUGUUUUAAUGGACCUAUUAUUAUUAUUACUAUAGAAGAGUACUACUUAAGUCUUAUUAUUA